CGUGCUAGCAUGACCCGCUUUGUCAAAAUGGCGUUGCUAGAACUGGGAGGCGGCAGUUAGUGGACAUCCAUCCAACGCGUUUAUCCUUUAGGGAACACGAAACCCGAUUUCCACGGCCAGGAUGGCAAGUCUGGACCAGAAAUCGCCCAAUGUUCUGCUGCAGAGCUUGUGCUGCAGGAUCACGGGAAAAAGCGAAGCGGAGGUUGCCCACCAGUUCCAGUAUGCCGUGCGAGUCAUUGGCAGCAACUACGCCCCCACCAUCGAGCGAGACGAGUUCCUGGUGUCGGAGAAGAUCAAGAAGGAACUGUUGCGGCAGAGGAGGGAAGCAGACGCUGCGCUGUUCUCAGAGCUGCACAGAAAACUUCAGACGCAGGGGGUUCUUAAGCACCGCUGGUCAGUUCUGUACCUGCUGCUCAGCCUCUCCGAAGACCCCCGCAAACCUUCCAGCCGGGUUGGAAACUACGGGGCGCUUUUUGCCCAAGCCCUCCCCAGGGACGCGCACUCAACCCCGUUCUACUGCACCCGGCCCCAGAGCUUGGCCCUGGGCUACGGGGAAAGGAGCGCCGGCCUGUCUGGGAGCGUUGGCACCAGCGGGAUUUCCAGUCUGGGAGUCUACACGCUGAACGGACCCACGCCGACGGCGCAGUCCCUGCAAGCCGGUCCACCCCCCCUGUCUGCAGCUGCAGCCACUCAGUCUCUGGGCUCUCGGCUGGCCUGGGCUCUUCCUAUAAGCUCCUCCCCUUCUGCCAUCAUGGCCCCGCCCACAAGCCGGCCACCACUCGGCCCACAAGUGCCAAACACCAGAGCGGUCCGUCCUCGCAGAGACGGCGACGGGACCGGUGAGGUGAGCGAGGCGGCGCUGGUGCGCGACAUCCUCUACGUCUUCCAGGGAAUAGACGGCAAGUUCGUCAAGAUGAACGCCCAGGACAACGGCUACAAGAUAGACAACAAGGUGGUGCUAUGCAAGUCCCUGAGGGACAUCAGCAGCAGACUGGCUGAGCUCGGCUGGCUCCACAACAAAGUCAGGAAGUACACAGACGCCAGGACCCUCGACCGGGCCUUCGGCUUGGUGGGACAGAGCUUCUGCGCGUCGCUUCACCAGGAGCUGAAGGAAUACUACAGGCUUCUCUCUGUCCUCCACUCGCAGUUGCAGGUGGAGGACGAGCAGGGCGUGAGCAUGUGCGCAGAGAACAGUUUAACUCUAAGGAGGCUUCUGGUCUGGAUGUACGACCCAAAGGUGCGACUCAAAACGCUGGCCGCCCUCGUCGACUUCUGCCAAGGUCGUAAGGGAGGCGACCUGGCCUCUGCGGUUCACUCCUACGGGAAGACGGGAGACCCCCAGAUGAGAGCGCUGGUCCAGCACAUCCUCAGCCUGGUGUCCCACCCCAUCCUCAACUUCCUCUACAGGUGGAUUUACGACGGGGAGCUGGAGGACACUUACCACGAGUUCUUUGUGGCGUCGGACCCCAACGUAAAGACGGAUCGUCUGUGGCAUGACAAGUACUCCCUCAGGAAGUCGAUGAUCCCCUCGUUCAUCACCAUGGAUCAGGCUCGCAAGGUUCUGCUGAUUGGCAAGUCCAUCAACUUCCUGCAUCAAGUCUGCCACGACAGAACACCGCCAGGCAAAAUCACACCAGCGUCCAAACCUGCCGACACGCCAAAAGACGCUGCAGAACUGCUGUCGGACCUGGAAGGAGCUUUCCAGGAGAAAAUUGACGCGGCCUACUUCGACACCAGCAAAUACCUGCUGGACGUCCUCAACCGUAACUACCUGCUGCUGGAGCACCUGCAGGCCAUGAGGAGAUACCUGCUGCUGGGCCAGGGAGACUUCAUCAGGCACCUCAUGGACCUGCUGAAACCGGAGCUGGCCCGCCCCGCCACCACGUUAUACCAGCAUAACCUGACUGGCAUCCUCGAGACGGCGGUCAGGGCCACCAACGCUCAGUUCGACAAUGCCGAGAUCCUAAAGAGGCUGGACGUGCGCCUGCUGGAGGUGUCUGCUGGUGACACAGGCUGGGAUGUCUUCAGUCUCGAUUACCAUGUUGACGGACCCAUUGCAACAGUGUUUACCAGAGAGUGUAUGCCCCACUACCUCCGUGUGUUUAACUUCCUCUGGAGGGCCAAGAGAAUGGAGUACAUACUGACGGACAUCUGGAAGGGACAGAUGUGUAACGCCAAGCUGCUCAAAACCAUGCCUGAGCUGUCUGGUGUGCUGCACCAAUGUCACAUCCUGGCCUCUGAAAUGGUUCACUUCAUCCACCAAAUGCAGUACUACAUCACCUUCGAGGUGCUGGAGUGCUUGUGGGACGAGCUGUGGAGCAAAGUGCAGCAGGCCCAGGACCUCGACCACAUCAUCGCCGCCCACGACGUCUUCCUGGACACCAUCAUCUCCAGAUGCCUGCUCGACAACAACAGCAGGUCUCUUUUGAACGAGCUUAGGGCCAUAUUCGACCAAAUCAUCGAGUUUCAAAACGUCCAGGACUCUCUCUACCGUUCAGCGCUGGAGGAGCUCACCCUCCGGCUACAGUUUGAGGAGAAGAAGCAGCAGAGGGAAGAGGAGGGGGAGUGGGGCGUGACGGCGGAACAGGAAUCUGAAGAGAAGAGGAGGAUUCAGGAGUUUCAGGACACCAUACCAAAGAUGCGAUCCGAGCUUCGAGUCCUCACCCACUUCUACCAGAACACCAUCCAGCAGUUCCUUGUGCUGUUGAUGAUGAGUCCAGAUGAGAGUCUGCGCUUCCUCAGUUUCAGACUGGACUUCAACGAGCACUACAAAGGAGCCUGGAGUCAGGGCCAGAGAGCCGAGGCUGCGAGCUUCGCUGGGCGCCACCAGAGGGCGACGUCUGUCAAACAUCUGACGUGACGAAGGCGGCGCGCACAGACCACGCCUCCCAUCGCAGCACGGGGGUGUGACCUCACGAAGACGAGCCGACACGCGUCACCGCCGUCCAGAUGAUGCCACGCCUUAGAGAAGCCUGCUCUGGAAACAUCAGUGGGGGGAAAAAAAAAAAACGUCCAGAGCUAACCAACCCUGAAAACGGAUCUUGGCAUAAGAUGAGAAUCCUGCAAUAAACAAAACAGAAACGAC